GUAAAGAUGGAGGAAGGCGCCCAGGCUCCAGACUGGGACAGCGAUGAGACCGUGAUAGAGGGGUCGGUGACGGAGAGUGACUUGGAGGAAGAGGAACUGCCAUGGAGAAGGUUGCUCUUUGAUCAAGACACAUCUCUUAGAUCUGAGUUCAGUCUCCAUCCUGAUGUAAGUGGAACAUGCAAAGGCACACGUUCUCCUGAGAUUCAACUUAAGUUCAAGCUCAGAGAGGAUCCCCAAGAGCAACAACCUCAAGAUGAAGUGGAACAAAGUCAAGCUCUGUUACAAACUAGAAAAAGUCCAAUGUUUACUGUGUCAUUUCCCCAGUCUGAACUUUCACUGAACCACAAAAGCAUCCAAGGGUCUAAGGCUGAAAAUCCUGAAGUUUUACCACGCCCAGAAAAGGAACUAAAUGCAAAUAGAGAUGCUCCUGAAAUUAGCCUUUUCUCAGGUACUGGUAUGAAAGUACCUGAUACGGUUCCUGAAAAGGAGAAAUCUUUAAUAGAGCCACAGACCUUAGCAGCACCAAAUACAUUUUCUGAGUCUGGAAUGGAAGUCACAUUGACUAUGACUUCUGAAGAAACCAAAGAUGAAGAAAGCUCUCUUGAAACUUUUGUGUCUGCCUUAGAAAAGUUACUAACACCACCACAAAACACCCAGGAGGAAAGAUUGUUUGAAACGAUGAGUGAUUUUGAGCCUAGGGAGUUGAUAAACCUGUUGAGUAACUCUCCGAAUUCCACAUCAAUACCUUUGACAUGUCACAGAGAUUCACUAGAAAAAACAGAGGAUGAUGCACUGCCAACUGAAUUGUUAACAGCCUUAAAUACAUUGUCUGAAGACAAGGAGGGACCCAUCUGUCACAGAAAAGAGGGAGGCAGCAGUCUCAGUGCUGGAAAUGAAUGUUUAGGAAUAGAGCUCAACAUGCCUCAGACUGAUGAAGAUUGUACACAAAUAGCAGGAGUGAAUUCUGAGUCUCUUUCUUCUACUCCAUUAUUUAAACAAGAUUCCAAGUUAGCUGAGCUCCAGGACAAGCAUCUUUCAGUGCAGCAAACUCUAGAAGAUCCAAAUCCAUUUGGAUUGCAAGCUUCAGUUUAUCAAAAUGCAACCUCUUGUGAUACACUGAAUAGUAAGAGAAAUUCAAAUCCAGUGGACAAUAGCUCUGACCAGGAUGCUCCAUGUGUGUUAAGGAGAUCAUCCAGAAUAAAAGUAGGCAGAUAUACAAAGGACACAGAGGACAUGCAUAAGAUGCCGGAAAAGAUUUUACCAAAAAUACUUGGCUGUGAGAAUCAAACAAAUAAUAACUCUUCAACUGAGACUUUCAGAAUGCAGGGUCCUGCUUUGAUUGAAGGUAAAAUGAAGAAUAUGCAUUCAUCCAGACCCAAGACUGGAGAACAAAUCAGGAAAAACAGAAAACUUGCAAGAAAAAAUGAAAAAAUGAAGAUGAAUAAAAUAUCUCUUUCUCUCAUUAACCGGAGAAACAUUUUUGGAGAGAACCUACUGUAUAAGGCUGCCCUGCACAACGACACUCAUCUUGUUCAUUAUUGUAUUGAAAAAGGAGGAAAUGUUAAUCAACCAAGUUAUGCUGGUUGGACAGCACUUCAUGAAGUGAGUGUAAGGGGAUUUUAUGAGACAGCAAGUGAACUAGUAAAAGGUGGAGCAGAUGUAAAUAUCAAAGGAAUGUACCAGAUCACUCCCCUACAUGAUGCUGUGAUGAAUGGACAUUAUAAGGUGGCAGAGUUACUUCUUUUGAAUGGAGCUGAUCCAUUAUUUAGAAGUGACAAUGAAAAGUGUGCUUUGGAUGAGGCCAAAGAUGCACGUAUGAAGCGUCUUCUUGAGAGAUAUGUUCCUAAACAUCAGAAACAUCUUAUUACAGUUCUGUUCUCUCAAAAGAACAGCAGUGACCCACUAGAGGUAGAGGAUGCACACCAGCACAAGAAACCAAAAGUCAGUUCUAAAAAUUGUGUUGAGUUUGUUUGUGAUGAAAAUUCCAACAAACAGAAGCUAGAACAUGUAAAAGAUAAUGAAGGAAGCAAAGAGUGUUUAUUUAUAAAGAAAGAAGAUAUAUAUGAACAUUACCCAAAAGAUUCCAAAAGCAUGAAAUUUGGUAACUCCAAGCAUAAACAAUCAACUGUUAACCAAGCAUACUCUACAGGACUCAGAAAAGACAAUCUCCAUAGUGUCAAAAAUACCAGCACAAAUGUGUCUAAAUAUAAAGGAAGAAAAAAGGCACAAAAAAAAAGCACUCAAGUAGAUAGUGCAACCCAAGAAAGCAACUCAAGAAAGACAGUAGCUAUCUCUUCUUCCAGAAGUUGUAGUAGAUUGAUUACUCAUCAGCAACAUAGUCUCCAAACCCUUGAUGACUUUCCAGAAGAGCCAUGUAAACCUUUUAGCCCGGCUCUGUCAAGCCUGAAAAAUAGAUUAGAUAAUAAUAUUGAGAUUUGUUCAAUUCGCAAAGAGACAUAUACCCAGACCCUAGAUUUAUCAGAAAAUCAAGAAAUACUCCAGUCCUUGGAAUUAGAAUCUAGUGACCAAGUUAAAGCCCUUUCUUUCUCAGGACAUUCUUUACAUAAAGAAACCAAAUUACCAAUUGUUACUACAUAUCAGCAGCCUCAUACUCAUCGAGAACAACAGCACAUUAGUCCUUAUAAAUCUCAUGAAAACAGUAACUUGGAUGCGAAAACAGAGGACCUUAAUAAGUGGAAAAAUUUUAAUAAUGAUAUUCAUGGCAACUGCUGUACCUCUGAGAAGACUGAAACAUCUAAAAAGGUGGUAUAUUCUACAGGUUGCAAAAAUCACCAUUAUUAUAAAGAUAUAACAACUAGAGAAGGAAUGAAUUUUCAACAAUUUUUACCUUCUGAAGACCAUUUUUCACAGGAAAAUAAGUUAACAGCAGGUGGCCUAAGUAUACUUCCACAACAGGAAGCCAUCAAUUUUUCCAAUUCAGAUAAUAUAGCUAUAGCUGUUUCUGAACCACACGUUGCAAAUUAUGAAUGCUGCAUGUAUGGAACUUCUUUUGAUCACUCACAUGGGAAUCCUGAGCAUACUUCCUUGGCUUGUACAAGAACACUUUCAACACAUGAAGUUUCAAAGUUGACUAGUCAUGUGGAGCAAUUCACAAGAUCUCAGGAUUGUUGUAGCCCCAGAGUGCCAACUCCUUUAAUGAAUCAAAUAGAGACACAUAUUGUGGAAAGGAGGAAUAAGAAAGAAGAUGCUAAAAGGAAUUACACUGAUGAAGGCCAAAAAACAAAUUCUUCAAAUGCGCCUUUAUCCACAGUUGUCCAUUCUCAAGUGACAGAAACAACUAAAGUUGAAAAAAGGAAAAAAGACCUUCCAGAGAACGAAAACAUACAUAAUGUAGAUUUUCAUUCCACUGACAAUAUGAAUAAAGAAUUGACCAACGUCUCACAAGUUAGUCAAAGAGAAGAGAAGAAAAUUUCUCACAAACCAGAUGAAGAGUUAACUAAUAAUAUCAAUGGAGAUGAAAACACUGUAAGAAAUUGUGAAGGGAAAAAAGAUAAAACAGAUUCAGAAAUUCAUAUACCUGCUAACAUACAAGAACAUUAUAAAGUUCAGAAUUUCAAGAAAAGACAAAAUUUCUCGAAAGCUGCCUGCAGCCAAGAAAUGAAAACAGCUGGGAUCAAUAAGAGGACUGCCAGAGGGGAAAGCCAGCUUCAUUUGGCUGCCAGAAGAGGAAAUUUGUCUCUGAUGAAAGUUCUAAUAGAAUCUGGAGCAGAUGUGAAUCUAAAAGAUAAUGCAGGUUGGACACCACUACAUAAGGCAUCUAGUGAGGGAUCUAAUGAUAUAAUUGUAGCGUUGUUAAAAGCUGGUGCUAAUGUUAAUUGUGAAAAUCUAGAUGGAAUUCUGCCCUUACAUGAUGCAGUUGCAAAUAAUCAUUUAAAGGCAGCUGAGAUUCUCCUGCAACAUGGAGCAAACCCUAAUCAAAAGAAUAAAAAACAGAAGACUGCUUUAGAUGAAGCAGAUGAUGAAAAAAUGAAAGAGCUGCUAAAAUCUUACGGUGCUAUUGAGACUGAUAAUAGAGAUGAGAAUAAUGCUAUAGCCUCUGUCAAAAUUGCUACUGUCCAGGCCAAAAGACACAAAUCAUGUUCCUGUGAUGACUUAAAAACUGUUCAUCCACCUUCUCUUUCACACCAAGAAAAAACAAGAGAAAACCUUCCUAUGCAUCAGGCCAUCAGUGCCAUUUUACAAGAUAUAGAAGAAAAACAAGAAAAUUUAUUGGAGUUUGAAAUAAGAACCCCCGAAGAUGCAGAACAAUACACUGAAAAGAUGUUAGAGAUAAAAGAGGUUAUGGAUAAUGUACUUGCCAAACAGAAGGCAGAAAGGGAUGAUUUGGCUAAAAAAUACAGGGUAUCUAUAGAAUCAUUUAAGCAUGGAGUCCUGAGAGAACAACUGGCUAACUUGGCCACAAGACAGAAGAGCCUUUUAGUUGCAGCAAAAACACAGAAAAAAAUAAGCCAGAAAAUUCAAAACUACAAGAAUGUUACAUCUGUGUCUGGUCUUAGUUUGAGGAAGCUGUUGCCCAGCUCAGACAUCUCUUGUGAAAAGGAGGGCCACGAGCUCACCGGCCUGGACAAUGCAGGGCAGCCCCCGUCAGAUGCAUCUGCUCCUGCCAGCCUUGUUUGUGGGAGCGCACAGGAAACACAGUUGUCUCUGGAGUCCUGGAACGACAGCCAACAUACCGGCACUUGUCUAACUUCGGAGGCAGUGAGAAGGGAAGAAUUUUCUGAAAAUGAGCUUAAUUCAGGACAAAAUGUCAAUGACUAUAGCUUGGAUGGGUUAUCAAAAUUCAGAUCUUCAGAUGGCACUAGGAAGAUUAAAUUACCAUCCCAACCUGUUGCUUUUAUUGCUCCCGCAGAAUAUUCACAGAAAGAAAACGAUCUUACAGAAAAUACAGCCAAAGGCCAUGAGUCCUGUAGUCCUUCAGCACAAACUGGCACAUUAAAUACUUCAGAAAUCACAAGUAUGUUUGUCCAAAAUGAUGCCCAUCCAUCAACUGUUAUUUGUGGUCAGGCUCUUUCCAGUUGUGAUCCAAAGAGAGGAAAAAGGAAAACAGCUUCCCAGCAACCGCCUAGUGGGGCAUCAGAAACCCUGGCACAUCAAGAUAUUGAUGACUUAGGCAGUGAUAUGGGGCAUCAGAUGAAACCGUAUCUUAAAAAAUCAGCCUUUGCUGUUCCACAUGGAAAUGACAGUCAGAGCACCUCCUGGUCUGGGUCUGGCCGGCAGCAUUCUACAAAAAAGCCUUUAAGCCACAGCACAGCUCCUAAAAAGAAAUGUAUGCAGAUAAAGGAUCUGAUAGUACUAGGAAGAAUUAACCCAGGAAAUAACAUUUUGGAAUUCAAAACACAGGAGACUACCCACAAAGCCAGUGUUUUAUUGAGUGGUAAAAUUAAGGUAGAAAGUGGUCAGAUUUAUCAAACCCCAGUCACCUGGCUCAAGGACCUUCUAGGAGGUGACAGUUAUGUGACCUGGAAUUAUGCUUGGAGUAAGGUAACAUAUCUGGGGAAGGAACUUUUAAAGUAUGUUUCAGAGGAAGUACCCAUACCUCCAGAACCAAACUUAGUACCUCAGCAACAUCAACCUUGUCUUCCAGGAACCUCUGGAGAGUCAAUACAAAGCAUACCACAUUAUCUACAAAUAAAUGAGAUACUGUUAAUCAGCGAUCAAGAAUUUCUCCCAUGCCAUAUAAUGGAUCAACAUUGGAAGUUCUAUGUGGAAUGUGAGGAGCUAACAUUCUAA